AGAGGGGUGAUAAUGAUUUCACAAGAAGAUCGCAUAAGAGUAUAAGAGGUUGCAAUGGUAAUGGAAUGCUAACUGAGUCAAUGGCCUUAGGUGACUUGCAUGGGGACUCUAACCGAUAUGACUGGACUAGGCUCAGUGAUGAACUCAAGUCAAAUUUGUCUAGAAGUGUUGCCUCACUUGCUUUGUGCAAUGGAGACAAAGUGUUAUUUGCAUGCUCAGUCAUAGCUAUAGAAUCCCAGGAGAAUCUUACAAGGUUCUUGACUUCAGCAACUUUGGCCAGAGCUGUCAUCAGUGAUGAUAAAGGAAAAUUCCAUAACUUAAAGAUUAAAGUGCGCCAUGAAGGCAGUGAAGUGUACGAGGGUGUUUUGUCUGAAUAUGAUUUAGAUCGCAACUUUGCUAUUGUCAUCAUCAGCACCUCCCUCGAUGUUCAUGUUGGACUUUUCAAACAUAGGGUGGAAAUUCUGCCCCGUGGUAUGGUGCUAGCUUUAGGACGUGGCAUCUCUGGCAAAUUAAUACCCAUAAAUGUGAUACUCGAUAAUGAAGCUCCUCUUUUGAAAAGGUCAGAGGUUUGGGAAGGUGGGCCACUUUUUACUUUUGAUGGGAAAUUUGUUGGCAUGCACCUUUUUCUGGUAUUAAGAGCCCAUUUCAUAUCUUGGGGCUCAAUUCUCGACUGGCUGAAGUGUACAUCCCUGCAAAAGAAGACAAAGGUAGCCAGGUUUGGAUCCAGACCCACAUGUGACAAAUUGAAUAGCCAUUCAGAAGUACACAGACCAAUACACAGAGAUGAUAUGACCAGCGGAUAUUGUGAGGAUCUAGAGUCCCUCGGUUACCCUAUGCCACAAAUAGACAUGGCCGAUGAUGGCAUGAUUUUGGUUAAUACUUUUGAAGAGACUUUUGGUGACGCAUAUCGAGAAGGUGUCUGGGAUGAAUUCAGUAGAAGUGCUUUUUCUGACAUAGAUCGCUAUGUUGUUGCACUAGCUUCAUUUAAAGGAGGGAAAAGGCAUUUCACAUGCACGGGUUUUUUUAUUGAAUGGAAUGGAUCUACUACUAUUCUGACAUCAGCGAGCUUGGUUAGAAGUUCUAGUGAUGAAAACAAGACUGAUGAAAAUUUGAGGAUUGAAGUGUUGCUUCCCAACAAACGGCGCAUAGAGGGCUUGCUAGAGCAUUAUAGUCUACAUUACAAUGUUGCCCUAGUAGGUGUCACGGAUUGCCGUGUUGUUCGACCAGCAAGUAUUCAGCCUUACAGGUUUGGGUGUUCUGCAUCUGUAGGGCGUUCUUUCAUAUCAGGCGCAUUAAUGGCCACAAGUGGGCAGCUUGUUUCCUGGUCAGGCACACUUGACUGCAUGUGCAUUGUACGGUCGUCGUGUAAAAUCACAAAGGCUGGGAUUGGAGGACCCCUUGUUAAUAUGCCGGAUGGCAAAGUUAUUGGCAUGAACUUCUAUGACAAGAGAAUAGGAACCCCAUUCCUUCUGUGGGAAGAUAUUGACAAGAUUCUGGCACAUUUCGCGGAAAAGAGGUGGCCUGUGCCUGAGCCAUGUUGGCUUCGUCCUGACGAUUUGGUUGAAUCUGAGGAUGAUGAGUUGGGAAUUGAACUCCCAAGCGGCCGCAAGAAGAGAUAUGGGUACUUAGGUGGAAGAAAAACAAUUCUCUCAAUCGGCGUGGUCUGCACGUCGGACGCCCAGGCGGAUUCGUGGGGGAAGGAGAUGGAGGUAGAGAAGAUGGAUUCAGUGUUAAGCCUGGAGGACCGGCUGCAGGGGCUUACGUUGACAAGAGAGGAGGAUGAGGACCUGGAUUUUUCAGAGGAGCUGGAGGUUUGA